AUGGGGAACCCCGACGUCCCCGUGCCUCCUGAAGUAGGUGACGCAUUGCAGUUUCUUGAGGAGGCUUCGUCAUGGGCGGAGACCUCUGCAGGCUGGGCUUCUUCCACAUCUCCUUCGGAUACGGAGAAGUACCUGGGGGCCCUGAGAGUCCUCUCACACGCUUGCAGACGGGCCGAAGUAAGAGACGCGGUGCUGCACUGGCAUACCAGCCAUAAGAUGCCCUCACAGAUGGAGGGUCUCCCCGAAGAGCUUCCCAUCCUAAGGCACUUUUAUCGUGUCUUCUGUUGUGUCAGCGCGACUUGUCUAGCCGAAGCGGGCAUCGACUAUAAGGGGCCCACCCCCAAUCCAGCAGUCGACUUCAAUGGGGCCUCUCAGGGCGGAACCGCGGAUGGCGGCUCCUCUGCUGAAGAGUGGCUAGCCCGCGGUGUUUCGCUGCAUGCAGCGAUUCAGAGAUCAAGUCUCGCCAGCGCCUCCUUAAGGCAGGUCGUGAUGGCGCUAUAUCCCUUGACGAGCUGUCUCUGCAAUUCCCGCGACGCAGCAGACGCUGCUGCCCUGCUGCAGACGCCAGAAGGAUCACACUGCUUUUCCCUCCUCGCCUCCCUCGCAGCAGCCGCGUCCGAGGAAGAAGCGAAGACUCUGCCUGCCUCAGCGGCAGCAGCACCAACGCCUGGGGCUUCCACGUGUGCCUCCGGCAAGGCAACGGAAUCUCCUUCUGCGGCUGAAAGCAGCAGCAACGACAGUGCACUCCUGCUAGCCGUGUUAGGGGCCUAUGAGGGGCCCCUUGCUCUCCCAGGGAUAGCGGUGUCGGUGCGCUCUGGCCCCUUGAAGGCACUCCAUAAAGCAGUGCAGCGAGGGGCAGCACGGCUCCUCGGGAAGGCGGCGAGUCUUCCGGAUGCAGCCACUGCCGUGGUAGCCUGGCUGGUGUAUCGGCGGCUUUCCAGCAGCAGCAGCAGCAGCAUCAGUGGAGGCGAUGGCUCCUUUAGCUCUCCAAAUGUUCGCCAUCUCCUGGCGUUGCUGAUUGCGUCUGUCCGAAAUCAUCUUAGGAGGCCCCUCGAGCAGAGGGUGUCUGCCCUCUGCCUACGGGAGGCCCUCAAGGAGCCGCGCAUGCUGCAUGCAGUGAGUGGUCCCACCCAAGACGCUGCCUUAGCUUUCGCAGCCGUCUGCUUGCAGUCCCUGCAGGCUGUGGCAGCUGCUGCAGAGGAGGCAGCUUCAGAGGAGCUCCUAAAGCAUCCGCCAAGCGACUCUGAGAAGGCAGCUUCUGUCCGAAAGCAGCAACUUGCUGCUGCAGCUCCAAUCGCGGAAAUGCUAGCACUGCUGUGCGCAAGGAGCGCAGCCGUUCGAGAUUCCGUCGCCUCACGGCUAGACAUGCUGCCUUCAACGCAGCAAGGCCCUGCUGCUGUUGCUCCUCCUCCUCCCCCUACAGCCACUGGCGACGAUGGAAGCACUUACUCCAACAGCGACAGCAGAGAGAACCCCGCUGAAAGGCAGCAGCAACAUGAGCACCAACACCAGCAGCAGCCGCCUGUUCAGCCCUCCCCCGGGAGAAGCCGCAGCAGCGCUGCCCUGUCUGCUGCAAGCCUCCCCGCACUCUUUUUUGUUACGGCGCAUGCAGACGACUUGGGGUGUGCAUAUACGGCGGCCUUUCUGGAGCUGUGCCUAAGGACUCGGUCGAACCGUGGAAUCGGGAGAUUCCUCUCCUCAGAACAGAGGGAAGAAGCCGUCGUUUCUUUGGCAUCCAACGCCGGCCUGCUGACGAGGCACAGCACGCGGCGGGGAAGGGGACUUCGCGCCACUGCGUGCAUGAGUCUUCUUGCUGCUCUAUGGGAAAAAACAGACGCUAUGGGCUCUGCAGUAGAGACAGUAUGCAUCCUCCCCCUUGCAGCCGACGGAGAAUCAGCAGCGCGGCGCGGAGACACCGCGUUGCUGCUGCAAUUGCUGCACGCCUCGCUGGAUUUCAGUGCAUGCACUAAGCGUCACACGGCGCGAUCCAUGCGGCUGCUGCAGCAGUCUGCUGCUGCUCUGGCUGCCGGGCCUCUCGGCUCUCCGCAGACUGCUGCCGAGGCUGAGGAUGCCCUUCUUCUUGUUCACAAGUGCAGUGCCUUGGUAAGCGCUGGCGUCUCCGUGUUGGACGCGGGCUUUCCUUAUUCUACAGCUGCCGCCGCUUCAGUGCUGCUUCAGGAGGAACCAAGAACCGUAUUCUCGAUCUCCCGCAGACACCUCUGCACUGCAGUCUGCUCUAGCCGUUCCGGUGCUCCUCCUGUUGCAGAUAGAGCAAGCGCCUCUAUGGACGGCUCCUGGUUCCUUAGCGGGCGGCCCUUGGCUACAGCGCUGGCUGAAGAAAGCCGCAAGCGGAAAGUGGAGAUGCGGGGGCUCCAGCAGAGCAGAGAAGAUGCAAAACUUACCGCUGCUCAAGCUGCGCAGCGUCUAGUUGUGACGAAUGAAGCCCACGAGGUGCUGAACGCCUUGUAUUUUUCCAGAUUAGAAAUUGGGGAUUUUCAGAUGGAGUUGAGUCGACUCAAGGAGGCAGCGGAGCGGCAAGAGUGCCUGCAUGCCACAGAACAGCAGCGCCUUGCUGACGAGGCUCGCAAACUGAGGCGCGAACUGGAGAUGGAGCAGCAGAGAGGCCGUGACCUCGUUGCUGAGUUCCAACGGCUUCUUGACGCGAAGGAAGCGGCUAUCGCGAGCCUUCAGUUAAGUUUAGGCGAGGGAAGAAGCCUCCAGGGAUCUAAGGAAUCGGAGCUUUCGCGUGAACUGCAAGUACAGACGGCUAUAAAUGUCAAGCAGAAAGAAGAGCUCGCUAAGCAGGAGGCAAAGCUGCACGCAACGUUGGAGAGACAGCAGCAAACGGCUAACAGCCUUACAGCGUUGACUGCAAGACACCGGCAGCUCCAGGAGGAAAAGAGCAAACUGCAGAUUAGCUACGAGAAGGUCCAAGAAGAAAACGAACAACAAUUCAGACAGUUGAUAUUGGUUAUGAAGGCCCUCGCCGAGCAGCAGGCGGCAAACGAGGCCCUGAAAGAGGCGCGAAUGUGUUCGGAGGCUCAGGAAGAGGAACAGACAAAGCUCAAGCUACAGAAACUGGAGCAGCAGCUACAGCAGAGCUCCAGAGAGCAGGAGAGCCAAGCAAGGGCAGCGUCUCUCCGCCAGGUGUCUCUUGAGGAGCAGCUACGGGCUUUUGAAAAGGAGAAUGAAUAUCUUAAGGCCAUGAGUCGGCGCAAUGAAAGCACUAUCGAGGAUCUCGAGAAGAGGCUCCAGGCCGCGGUCGAGACAGCUACCGGGGCAAAGGCGGCAGCAGCCGCUAAGACGGAGGUUCUAAAGAACAUGCAAAAGGUCCAGAUAUACGUCACACAAUCCCCUUUCGGCCUUUUUGCCUUCGCAUUGAGCAGCUGGGCUUCUCGGGAUUGCGUGCAGCAAUCAGGCCACCCUACCUUUCAGCUGUAG